CCCCGGCGGCGGGUGACAGGCGGGCGGGGCUCGCUGCGGGCCGUGGAAGGACGGCGGGUCGCGGAGGGACGCAGCUCCGCACCGCUCCCCGCACCGCUCCCCGCGCCGCUCCCCGCACCGCUCCCCGCCCGCCCCGCGCCCUCCCGACAUGGCGGCCGCCGCCGCGGGGCUCCGCGCCUCCUACCACCGCCUGCUCGACCGCAUCGAGCUGAUGCUGCCGCCGCGGUUCCGGCCCUUUUACAACCACCCGGCAGGUCCCAAAACAGUGUUUUUCUGGGCACCUAUUAUGAAAUGGGGUUUGGUAUGUGCUGGAAUGGCUGAUAUGACCAGACCAGCAGAAAAGCUCAGCACAGCACAGUCUGCAGUACUAAUGGCCACAGGCCUUAUUUGGUCAAGGUACUCUCUAGUUAUUAUUCCUAAAAACUGGAGUCUGUUUGCUGUAAACUUCUUUGUUGGCUGUGCUGGUGGCUCUCAACUCUUCAGAAUAUGGAGGUAUAAACAGGAACUAAAAGCAAAACAAGAGUAAGUGCAGCAAAGAGAUGCUUAACCCAACAAAUCAAAUUCAACAACGCACAAAUCCUUCCCCAUGGGACCUAGCUUCACUAAUUUUAAUGUUUUUUCCUCUGAGAAAAUGAAAGAGGAAAUUUAAAUAUUUAGAGAGCAAAUGUUUUCUAAGUGCAAGUAACAAAAGUAUCUCCAUACAUUUAAAUAAAGUACAGCCUUUUAAACUGAAGUAAAA